AUAGAACGGAUCAUCAUGGAUAUUCAAGAGUUUCGUAUACGUGGUAAGGAGAUGGUGGAAUACAUCUGCGAGUUCAUGAGCAAUAUUCACAAUCGGAGAGUAACACCGGACGUUGGUCCCGGAUAUUUGAGACCCCUCCUACCACCGGAAGCACCGCAACAACCUGAGCCUUGGGAGAACAUUAUGAGGGAUGUCGAAUCGAAGAUCAUGCCUGGUAUUACCCAUUGGCAACAUCCAAGAUUUCACGCGUAUUUCCCAGCCGGAAAUUCCUUUCCAUCGAUUCUUGGUGAUAUGUUAUCGGAUGCAAUAGGUUGUAUUGGAUUUUCAUGGGCUGCCAGUCCAGCCUGCACCGAGCUCGAGACGAUAGUCUGCGAUUGGUUCGGGAAAGCUAUUGGUCUACCGACGGAUUUCCUUUAUUUCAGUCCUGGUAGCAAAGGAGGUGGCGUGAUACAAGGAUCAGCUUCAGAGUGUAUUUUAGUAUGUAUGCUAGCAGCGAGGGCGCAAGCAAUUGCAAGGUUGAAAGAAUCAACUGCACAUGCACACUUGGACGAAACUGCCCUUCUUGGAAAAUUGAUGGCUUAUUGCAGUCGUGAAAGUCACAGCUCCGUCGAAAAGGAUGCAAUGAUUUGUUUCGUGAAACUGAGAAUUUUAGAACCUGACGAUAAAAGUGUUUUACGUGGUGAAACUUUGCGUCAGGCAAUCGAAGCUGACACAGCCGAAGGAUACAUCCCCUUCUUCGUUUCCACCACUUUAGGCACGACUGCUUGUUGCUCCUUUGACAAUCUCAAAGAAAUCGGUCCAGUUUGUAAAAAAUAUCCAGGGGUGUGGUUGCACGUCGAUGCAGCUUACGCGGGCAAUUCUUUCAUCUGUCCGGAAUUGAAGUACCUGAUGGCUGGUAUCGAGUACGCGGAUUCUUUCAACACCAAUACGAAUAAAUUCCUAUUGACGAACUUCGAUUGUUCCUGUCUAUGGGUCCGGGAUAGAUUCAAAUUGACCAGCGCGCUGGUCGUCGAUCCUCUUUAUCUUCAACACACUCACGCGGAUACAGCUAUCGAUUACAGACAUUGGAGUAUACCCCUUAGCCGACGAUUUCGAUCCUUGAAACUGUGGUUCGUGAUGAGAAGUUACGGGAUAUCCGGUUUACAGGCCUACAUUCGAAAUCACGUGCAACUAGCUAAAAGAUUCGAGGCUUUGGUUAGGAAGGAUACGAGAUUCGAAGUUUGUAACGAAGUUGUGCUAGGAUUGGUCUGUUUCCGUGCAAAAGGUUCCGACAAACUGAAUCAGAAACUGCUGAGCACCAUCAAUGAUUCUGGAAAGUUGCACAUGGUUCCAGCAAGAGUGAAUCAACGGUUCACGAUUCGUUUCGCGCUUGCCGCGCCGAAUGCCACUGCUUCUGACGUUGACAUGGCGUGGAGCAUUAUAACGGAUUAUCUGGCCGAAUUAUUAGAGUCCAAGGAUGUUAUGGACGAAUUGGCAGAUAUUCGCGAGAAGAAAAGGAAAGCCACUUUGGAGCAAAGAAGAUCGUUCUUCGUUCGAAUGGUGUCUGAUCCUGCCAUUCAACCGGGAUUCACGAAGACACCGAACAGGACAGGGGCCAAAUUGGAUACCCAAGCGACGAUCGGUGGUAUUGGCUCGAAUCCUCAUUCCACGACCAUGUUUGAUGCCAGACGUUCGUGGAUAUCCUGGCCGCUCGCGUAUUUGAUGCAGGCGAAAGAUGCUGCUGACACCAGUGAAUUAUCACUUAGAUUUCGUCAUCUGGACACUAUGGUUCGCUUGAAAGCAAGCGGUACCGGAAGUCGUCGCGGUAGCAGCAACGGGUGCAGCCCGGAUCCAUCGCCAUCCGCCUCGCCGUCCCGCGGAAGAUCACCAAACGGAAGGGCGUAAAAUAUCUCGCGUUUGUCCCAAUUGUCUUUUUCUAAACUUUCCCCCAAAAGGUGUAUCGAUAGAAACGAGAAUUAAAACGAUGAACGGAUACCGCCGACAAAAUCGACAAAAAAGGAAUUUAAAAAUGAUGAAACGAAGAAUGAUAGACGAUACAUCUGAAAAUUCUCUUAAAAUUGCUCAGCGAACGGACGAAGACACACUCGAAAUCGAUCGACGACCCGAUUAGAUUGCAAUCCCAUUGCCAUCUUUUUUUGUUUUGUUUCAGUCAUUUUUUCGGAACUGUGCGCAAGUAGUUGCAAGAUUUGCAUUCUCGA